CUGAGGUCUUUUUGGUUUCAGAAUUUCUUACAUCUCUGAGUGGUACUGGGGAGGCUUUAGCUCUGUAUUUCUGAAAUCCUGGCUCCACCCUUGAUCACAAUGAGGAAAUCAGCUUUUCAGAAAUAAAUGAGGCAAUUGAAGAAAGGGGGAAAAAUAUCUAUAAAGUUAUAAAGCUCCCCCAGACUGCAGAUUAGGAUAGAUUAUUUAAAUCUUUUUGUAUAAAGUCCUCCACAUACCAUUGUUUACCGUGGCCUGCAGGUCAUGUCCCACCUUUGGAUUGGGUCGACAGUUUGACGUGUUGCACUGAGAGCUCCUCAUAUGAGGGGGCGGUCAGACCCCUGCUGAGCUGAGCAGGACCCUCAGAGACAGAGCACAGACACUGGACAGACCACCAGAAGACUCUGUGCAGAUAUGAUGAAGUCUUUCCCCUGGAGCCUCUUGUACUGCGCUUCCCUGCUGCUGUCUGAUGUACUGGGCACAUAUCACCUCAAUGCAGGAGAUCCUCACCUGAUAGCUGCACAAAGCUACGCUCAAACCAGGAAUAACGGUCGACCACCACUCAGGACCCUGAAUCCAGCAAUUCACAGAAGUGACUACACGUAUAGAGGAGGGUAUCACUACCACUACCAGCCACCAAGGAUCCCUCCACCGGUAGUGUAUCGACCUAUUCCUCUAUCUCCACCAGUGACUUACCACAGACCCUCCGUCCCCAUGCCACCCUAUCACCACAGGUUCACAGGGCCACAAACACACCACAUAUACAAAGGUCUAUCUCCACCUGUAGCUUACCAUCAACAUCAAAGGGUCAAAGGCCCGUUUCAUUACAAAGUAAAAGGUCCGUGCCCAAUAAAGUCAGACCCCACAGUACCAACAGCACCUGUGGUACACCUUCCUACCAUCAUCCCAACUCUACCAGAGCCGACACUGCCGCCAACUCUCCCAGCAACUACAGCGGCACCGCUGACAACCAUCAUCCCAGUGGUGGUGACCGCAGAGCCGCCAGUGGAGACCCCCGCUCCUGUGACGCUACCGGUCAGUACCCAAAGCGGCCCCAUCACCACCGUCAGUCCUGUGGAGACAGAGACAGACUCUCAGUGCAGGAGCCGUCCCCUGGACCUGGUCUUCAUCAUCGACAGCUCUCGCAGCGUGCGUCCUGGUGAGUUUGAGAAGGUCAAGAUCUUCCUCGCCGACAUGGUCGACACUUUGGUCGUGGGCUCAGAGGCCACCAGAGUGGCUGUGGUCAACUACGCCAGCACGGUCAAGAUCGAGUUCUUGCUCAAAGACCACUUCAACAAGCCAGACAUGAAGAAAGCCAUCUCCCGCAUCGAGCCCUUGGCGGCUGGCACCAUGACCGGCCUCGCCAUCAAAACCGCCGUGAACGAAGCUUUCACUGAGCAGUCUGGAGCCCGACCUCGCUCUAGGAACAUCUCCAAAGUGGCCAUCAUUGUGACGGACGGGAGACCUCAAGACCAGGUGGAGGAAGUGUCUGCAACAGCCCGGGCCUCAGGCAUCGAGAUCUACGCUGUUGGGGUGGACCGUGCAGAUAUGCGCUCCCUGCAGCUGAUGGCCAGCAUCCCUCUGGAGGACCACGUCUUCUAUGUGGAGACGUACGGCGUUAUUGAGAAGCUCACCUCCAAGUUCAGGGAGACCCUGUGCGGUCUGGACCCCUGUGCCAUUGGACAUGACUGCGAACACAUAUGUGUCAACAGCAACGCCUCCUAUUACUGCAAGUGCCGGAAUGGUUAUAUCUUGAAUGCGGACAAGAAAACAUGUUCCCUGAAACAGGUGAAGGUGGAGGUGGUGGAGGAUCCCUGUAAAUGUGAAGCCAGACUGGCUUUCCAGAAGCAGACGCAGGCGGCCAUCCAGCAGCUCACAGCCAAGCUGGCCGAUGUGUCUGGGAGAAUAGAGCGUCUGGAGAACAUGGUGGGCCGUGCUUAAAGCUGGACACAGUGCUGCAGAGCCAUGGACUUACUGCAACAUAGACAUCUGCUUCCUGUCAUCUGCCUCCACCCAUAACUACUGCACGUACUUCAACCACAGGCCGAGUGAAGCUGUGAUUCAUACACCAGUAUCCCUCAAAUUACUGACUGCUGCCACAAUAUCCACAGUUGAUCUGGGAUUUUUUUAUGAACAGUGAAUGCAAUGUUUUGAAACUGCCGUAAAAGCUACUUAUAAUAUUUUUUCUUAACACGAAUAUGAUCAUGGUGUGAUGUUAAAUAACCAAAGAAAAUGAGUACUAUUUUCAUUGUUAUCCUGUACUGUAUUACGUAUGUCUUGUGUCCAGUCUGUACAAAGAUGCAUAUUGUAUAUAGUAGUUAUUUGUGAAAAUGUCUCAUUGGAUUGACGAAGUGAUUUGAUUUUAAUAGAACAGCAAAAGGUUUCUUACAUGAAGUGUUUUUUGCAUAUUUUCUUCAUUAUAUACUCUCUGUUACGAAGGUUAUAUAUAUAUAUAUGUGUUUGUCAUCAUCUAUCAUAUGACAUGACAUUUAAUGUUUGCUAAGAUUUAUAAAUGUAAUAAAAGAGACAAAUUGGACAAUA